ACUUUCAAACUUUCUCUCUUUCUUUCUCCCCUGACGAUCCGAGUUAGAAUUCCAACGAGCGAGUCACUGACUCGGUGGUACAGGCGGCUAUUUCUCGUAUCGCCACGCAUCAUUCGAUCCCUUCUGCUCCGCAAGCUAUCGAAUCGAAUCUCAUAGCAAUCACGAGAUAUUCGAUCCCUAUUUUUUCUCUAACAGUCACGAGAUAUUCGAUCUCCUUCUUAACAGUUUCACUCCAACUUCAAAAACACACAAACAUACACACACAUACACUCUUUUCUUUUUGGUUUUUUUCCGUGUUGGUUCGAUAUUUUGGUGGCGAUUGUGAGCAGGAUCUCGGUUAGCUAAGUGCUAAUUUAUUUAUUCAUUUUUGUUGAUUGAUCUUGAUCUAUUGUUCCGAGACGGUUCUGUGUUGUGGAGGUUGUAACGAUUUUCGCAAAAUGGUUAGCGGCAAUAUUUUUCAUUGUCGGAAGAAUUCAUGGCCUCCUGAAGAGUAUAUCAGUAAAUCCACUUUACAGCUGUUGGAUUUUGAUAGUGCCGCUCCCCCUGUACAAGCUUGGAGAAGGAGAUUAAACAGCCAUGCAAAUCUUCUUAAAGAGUUUAGAGUAACUUUUAUGGAGGCUAUAAAGAUGGUUCGAUUAGGUAUACGGAUCUGGUCAUAUGUUAGAGAAGAGGCUUCUCAUGGAAGGAAAGCACCUAUUGAUCCUUUCACUCGAGAAAGUUGCAAGCCAUCUGCAUCUCAAGGAGUUCCACUUGGAGGGAUGGGGAGUGGCAGCAUAUCAAGAGGGUUCAGAGGUGAGUUCCGACAAUGGCAAAUUAUUCCUAGCUUAUGUGAAGCGUCACCAGUCAUGGCCAACCAGUUCUCUAUAUUUAUAAGUAGAGAUGGAGGAAACAAAAAUUUUGCAUCUGUUUUGGCUCCUGGUCAGCAUGAAGGUUUAAGAUCUAGUAGGAAAGCUGAUGAUCAGGGUAUAUCGUCAUGGGGAUGGAAUCUAAAUGGCCAGCACUCAACCUACCAUGCUUUGUUUCCAAGAGCCUGGACAGUUUAUGAUGGUGAGCCAGACCCAGAACUAAAAAUAUCUUGCCGACAGAUAUCCCCAUUCAUUCCGCAUAAUUAUAGAGAAAGCAGUCUACCUGUUGCCGUUUUUGUCUAUACGUUGGUAAACACUGGUAAGGAAAGAGCUAAAGUCAGCCUUCUAUUUACUUGGGCGAAUUCCAUUGGUGGAGAUUCACACUUGUCAGGAGAUCAUGUGAAUGAGCCGUUUCAAGCUGAAGAUGGAGUCGCUGGUGUACUUCUUUAUCACAAGACAGCAAAAGGAAACCCUCCUGUUACUUUUGCCAUAGCUGCAUGUGAGACACAGAAUGUUAAUGUUUCUGUUUUGCCAAGUUUUGGGCUGUCCGAAGGAAGUAGCAUGACAGCAAAGGGCAUGUGGCAUAAAAUGGUCGAGGAUGGGCAAUUUGACCAGGAGAAUUUCUCUUCUGGACCUAGCAUGCCCUCAUCACCUGGAGAGACACUAUGUGCUGCUGUUUCAGCUUCCACAUGGGUGGAACCCCAUGGAAAAUGCACUGUUGCAUUUAGUCUUGCAUGGUCAUCUCCAAAAGUAAAGUUCGUGAAAGGUAGCACUUUCCACAGGAGAUAUACAAAAUUUUAUGGGACUUCUGAGAAAGCUGCAGUGGACUUGGCCCAUGAUGCAUUGACACAUUACAAUCGGUGGGAAGAAGAGAUUGAGAAAUGGCAGAGUCCUGUUCUUAAGGAUGAGACACUACCAGAAUGGUACAAGUUUACAUUAUUUAAUGAGCUCUACUUUCUUGUUGCUGGAGGAACAAUUUGGAUUGACUCUUCUUUGCUGUCUCCAAAAAUGCAGAAGGACCGGGAUCAGGUAAGGGACUUGGAAAAUGCAGUUGUCAAAGAAACUGAAGCUAAAAUGAACUACAGAAAAAGGGAAGUUAUUGAGUGUACAACAAAUAGUACCUAUGAUUCUGCUGCUAUUACAGUACAUAACCAUGUUGAUGAAAAAGAAUGUGGAGAUGUUUCUCAUGAAAAUGAAUCUGCGGAUACUCUUAGGAAAGGAAACUCCACUGGCUCUCUGCAUUCCUUAGCAACGAUGAACCAGCAAUAUGAUGAUGAUGAUGAUGAUGAUGAUGUUGGAAGGUUCUUGUAUUUGGAAGGAGUGGAAUAUAUCAUGUGGUGCACAUAUGAUGUGCACUUUUAUGCAUCAUUUGCCCUUCUUGAGCUCUUUCCUAGUAUUGAAUUAAACAUACAGCGUGACUUUGCUAAAGCUGUCCUGUGUGAGGAUGGAAGAAAAGUAAAGUUUCUUGCAGAGGGAAACUGGGGAAUUCGCAAGGUUUAUGGCGCUGUCCCACACGAUUUGGGGACACAUGAUCCGUGGUAUGAAAUGAAUGCCUAUAACAUCCAUGAUACCAGCAAGUGGAAGGACCUGAACCCAAAAUUUGUGCUUCAAGUGUAUCGAGAUUUUGCUGCGACACGUGAUUUGCAAUUUGGAGUUGAUGUGUGGCCUGCUGUUCGUGCUGCAAUGGAGUACAUGGACCAGUUUGAUAGAGAUGGUGAUGGUCUUAUUGAGAAUGAUGGCUUCCCUGAUCAAACAUAUGAUACAUGGACAGUCCAUGGUGUGAGUGCUUACUGUGGUUGUCUUUGGCUUGCUGCUCUUCAAGCUGCAGCUGCUAUGGCCCAUGAACUAGGUGACAGAGAUUUUGCGGAAUCAUGCAAAAGGAAGUUUUUAAAGGCUAAGCCAGCAUUUGAGGAAAAACUAUGGAAUGGUUCUUAUUUUAACUAUGACAGUGGAUCAAGUGGUAACAGUAAAUCCAUUCAAGCAGAUCAAUUGGCUGGGCAAUGGUAUACCGCAUCCUCAGGGCUACCUUCCCUUUUUGAUGAUCUCAAAAUCAAAAGUGCUCUCCGAAAGGUUUAUGAUUUCAAUGUAAUGAAAAUUAAAGGAGGGAGAAUGGGUGCUGUAAAUGGCAUGCAUCCCAACGGUAAGGUGGAUGAGACCUGUAUGCAGUCUCGAGAAAUAUGGACAGGUGUGACCUAUGGUGUUGCUGCUGCAAUGAUAUUUGCGGGAAUGGAAGAAGAGGCCUUCACAACAGCUGAGGGAAUAUUUCUAGCAGGCUGGUCAGAAGAUGGAUAUGGGUACUGGUUUCAAACUCCAGAGGCAUGGACAAUGGAUGGGCACUACCGGUCCCUCAUGUAUAUGAGGCCACUGGCAAUUUGGGGCAUGCAAUAUGCCUUAACUCGGCCUCAGGCAAUUCUUGAGGCCCCUAAAAUCAAUAUCAUGGACAGAAUCCACCUAUCUCCUGUUAUUGGAGGAUUCUCUCAUAAUGAAACAGGUGUGAGAAAGAUUGCUAAAAAAGCAAGAUGCUUUAGCAAUUCUGUAUUUCAUUGUGCUUGCUGAUCGUUAACAUGUAAGCGCAUAAAAUUUUUGUAUAGGUAACUUCUUCUCAUUCUUCCUUACACAACCCUCUCCUAUAGAAAGCCGUCGGUAACGGCGGCCAAGGUAUGAGGAGAUAAUGUUUUAGAAAUAAGCAGGGUUCGAUUGUAACUUGUAAUUUGUAGCUUGAUAGUCUAAACAACAUACUUUACCUUUACUGUAACUGUAGUAUUGUACAUUCUGAUUAAUUGAAGUUCUCAAGAUAUAAUCUAAAUAUAGCACAUUCUAGUUU